CCCCCCUCUUCUCCAGUUGUCGCGGCGCCAUUCAUCCACCGUCGCACUCUCCACCUUCUCCGCUUUUCUCUCGCCGCACAACAAUAAGCACCUCCGUCACCGCCGCCGCGACCGCCGCAUCUCUCAUCGCGGCCUCCUUCCCCUUCCUCCUCCCCGCCGUCGCGCCGCACUGGCGGACGCCGUAAUAUCUGUCCAUGGACUACUUACCAACUCCUUUCAAAGGAGUUGUGGAGGAUUUUAGGGGAAGGAGAAAAUGUUACAAAGAUGACUGGAUGGACGCGUUUAGCUCUGGCGUGAGGAUACUGGCUCCAACAACUUACAUUUUCUUUGCUUCCGCCCUUCCGGUCAUUGCUUUUGGUGAGCAGUUGAGCAGGGAGACAGAGAGAAGCUUAACCACGGUUGAAACUCUUGCAUCAACUGCAAUUUGUGGAAUUGUUCAUUCCAUUUUUGGCGGGCAGCCUCUGAUGAUUUUGGGAGUUGCAGAGCCUACGAUCAUAAUGUAUACCUAUCUCUAUGGUUUUGCUAGUAGCAGGCAAGACAUUGGGAAGGAACUCUUUGUAGCUUGGGCAGGAUGGGUUUGUGUCUGGACAGCUGUCUUGCUGUUUCUUCUGGCUAUAUUUAAUGCUUGUAUAAUCAUCAACAAGUUUACAAGGAUUGCUGGGGAACUUUUUGGCAUGUUGAUUACAGUUCUAUUUUACCAAGAGGCAAUAAAGGGAUUAUUCAGUGAAUUUCGAAUUCCUAAAGGUGAAGAUCCCACAUUGGAGAAGUACAAGUUCCAUUGGCUCUAUACAAAUGGGCUAUUGGCAAUAAUAUUCUCAUUUGGAUUACUAUUAACUGCACUUAAAAGUAGACAAGCGAGGUCUUGGCCUUAUGGUACAGGAUGGUUGCGAAGUUUUAUUGCAGACUAUGGGGUUCCUCUCAUGGUUGUGUUGUGGACAGCAGUGUCUUAUGGUGUACCCGGACAAAUUGCAUCUGGUAUUCCUCGAAGGCUAUUUUCUCCUCUCCCUUGGGAUUCUUCAUCACUGUACCAUUGGACAGUAGUCAAGGAUAUGGCAAGAGUCCCAGUUGGUUACAUCUUUGCUGCCUUUAUUCCGGCGAUUAUGAUUGCAGGACUAUACUUUUUUGAUCAUAGUGUAGCUUCACAAAUGGCCCAACAGAAGGAGUUCAAUCUUAAAAAACCAUCCUCGUACCACUAUGAUAUCUUUUUGCUUGGAAUUAUGACUUUGUUUUGUGGCUUACUUGGACUUCCACCUUCAAAUGGAGUUCUUCCUCAAUCACCAAUGCAUACAAGGAGUCUUGCUACCCUUAAAAAGCUGCUACUUCGAAAGAAAAUGGUGAAGAGUGCACAAGAAGGCAUGGAAAAGCAAGCAAGCAAAUCAGAGAUUUAUGGGAGAAUGCAUGAUGUAUUCAUUGAGAUGGAUGCAUCUACGACUCCUACAGUGGACAAAGAGCUGAAAAGUUUGAAGGAUGCUGUGAUGAAUGAUGAUGAUGAUGGAGAAGCUCAGAAUAAGAACUUUGACCCUGCUGAACACAUCGAUGCACAUUUGCCUGUGAGAGUUAAUGAACAAAGAUUUAGCAACUUACUGCAGUCCCUACUUGUAGGGUGUGCAGUAUUUGCCAUGCCUGUGAUAAAGAGGAUACCAACCUCAGUCCUUUGGGGGUACUUUGCCUACAUGGCAACUGAUAGCCUCCCCGGUAAUCAAUUCUGGGAAAGAUUGGUACUACUCUUUAUUCCUCCUGGACGGCGAUUCAAAGUGUUGCAGAAUCUCCACGCCUCAUUCGUGGAGCUGGUACCGUUCAAAUACAUUGCUGCCUUCACAUGUUUCCAAUUUAUAUAUCUGUUGAUUUGCUUUGGGAUAACAUGGAUACCGAUUGCUGGGAUACUAUUCCCAUUGCCUUUCUUCAUUAUGAUAAGUAUAAGAGAGCAUGUUCUACCAAGGUGGUUCCCACCACAGUACCUUCAGGAAUUAGAUGCAGCUGGAUAUGAAGAAAUUGCUGGCCAUUCAUUUCGUUCAAGGAAUACGUCUUUCAAGGAUGGAGAACCGUGCAACCUUAGGCGAAGUCAAGCAUAGGGCUAUGAGCAUCAAUGAAAGGAAUGAAAGGUUUCAGGUUCAUCCAGAUGAUGAGUCUCGAACGUAAGACCAGUGAAUUGCGA